CAUACCUACAUCUCCAAAUCUGAAGCAAGGAAGGGGAUCAUCUCUCUGCAAUUUUGAACUUUAACACGAAACUAAAUUCAUGGAUAAGAGUUGGGUUCAUUUGAAUAAAGGAACACCUGAAUAUGAGAAGGGUAUGGAUACAUUUUUAGAUAUCGCCUUUUCUUGUGAAGGGGUUACUGAUAAAAUACGGUGUCCGUGUUGUAAGUGCAACAAUGUCUAUUUUAAGGAUAAAAGUGAUGUUAAGUUCGAUUUAUUUAGAUGGGGGAUGGAAAAAAGUUACACUAAAUGGAUUUACCAUGGUGAAAGCUUAAACGACGUGCCUAUUGAUGAUGGAGUUGAGGCAAAUGAUGAUAAUAAUGCAGAAAAUGAUGAUGCUGCCACAUUUGAAAUGUUGUAUAACAUGUCAAGAGGUGGAGGUUUUGGGGAUAUCCUUGCAGGUAUCGGGGAGCACUUCGAUAAUUGUGAUCCUGAACAACCAAAUGAGGAGGCCAAAAAAUUUUACCAAUUGUUGAAGGAUGCAGAGCAGAAGCUAUACCCGAACUUUGAUAAGUUAUCCAAACUAUCUUUUGUUGUCAAAAUCUUUUAGCUUAAAUGUCUUUAUGGUUUCACUGAUAGGGGGCUGAAUGGAUUGUUAGAUUUUAUAAGAUUUAUUCUUCCACCAGACAAUACAUGUCCUGCAUCUAUGAGGGAGGCUCGAAAGAUGGUUUCAGCUCUUGGGUUAAUGUACAAAAAAAUAGAUGCAUGUGUUAAUGAUUGCGUUUUAUUUUGUAAGGAAAAUUCAGUGAUGGACCAAUGCCCAGAAUGUGGAGAAGCUAGAUGGCAAAAAGUUCCAGAAGUUGUAGGCAAUGAGGUACCAAUAUUCAAGAAAAAAAAGAAGAGGGUACCGCGAAAGCUUUUACGUUACUUUCCACUAAAACCACGUCUUCAACAAUUGUUUAUGUCAAAAGAAACAGCUUCAGCUAUGAGAUGGCAUAGGGAUGAACGAGAAAAUGAUGGAAUUCUACGACACCCGGCAGAUUCAAAAGAAUGGAAAGAUUUUGAUGAUAAACAUCCAUCCUUUGCUAUAGAAUCUCGCAACGUGAGACUUGGACUAGCGAGUGAUGGUUUCAAUCCAUUUGGAACCAUGAGCAUUUCACAUAGCACUUGGCCUGUUGUCAUGAUCCCCUAUAACUUGCCUCCUUGGCUUUGCAUGAAACAUUCAUAUUGGAUGUUAUGUUUACUUAUUCCUGGACCAAAAUCUCCAGGUAAUGACAUAGACAUAUACUUGGCACCACUGAUUGAUGAUUUGAAAGACCUAUGGGAAGUUGGUAUCCAAACAUUUGAUGCUUCUUUACAACAAAAUUUUCAGCUUCGUGCAAUGUUAUUGUGGACGAUAAAUGAUUUCCCUGCUUAUGCCAUGAUGUCUGGUUGGAGCACAAAAGGUGAGUUGGCAUGUCCUUGUUGUAAUAAAAAUACUUGUUCUUAUAGAUUAAAGCAUGGUCGAAAGCAUUGUUAUAUGGGUCACCGAAGGUCCUUGUCUCAUGAACAUCCUUGGCGAAAAAAUCGGCGUUUAUUUGAUAAUCAUAUGGAACAUCGUUAAGCUCCGAAAAGACUUUCUGGGUACGAUGUGUUAAAGCAAUAUGAUAUGUUUGACCAAGUAAAGUUUGGAAAGCUUACAAGGAAGAGAAAAAGAGAUGAUAAGACUGUUAAUUGGAAGAAAAAGAGUAUUUUCUUUGAGUUGCCUUAUUGGAAGACAUUAUCUUUACGACAUAAUCUCGAUGUAAUGCAUAUUGAGAAAAACGUUUGUGACAGUAUCUUGGGUACACUAUUAGAUCUUGAUGGAAAAACGAAAGACAAUUUAAAUGCUCGUCUUGAUCUUCAGUUGAUGGGUAUAAAGAAAGAACUUCAUCCUGUUAAAGUGGGUGACAAGUAUUGCUUACCUCCCGCAAAGUACAACUUACACUUAAGUGAAAAGAGAGCUUUGUGCCAAUUCUUAAAAGAUAUCAAGAUGCCUGAUUCAUAUGCAUCAAACAUUGCUCGAUGUGUGCAUGUCAAAGAGUGUAAGAUAUAUGGAUUGAAGAGUCAUGAUUGUCAUGUACUUCUAGAACGACUACUACCACUUGCAAUACGUGAUCUUCUUCCUAGAGAAGUAUGUGGUCCACUAAUUGAUGUAAGCCUAUUUUUUGGAAAAUUAUGCUCAAAAGUACUAAACGUUGAGGACCUAAAGGAUCUUGAUGCUCAAAUUGGAGUAACACUUUGUAGAUUGGAAAUGAUUUUUCCACCUGCCUUUUUUGAUAUCAUGGUUCACUUGCUGAUUCAUAUAGCUAGUGAGGCUGAGAUUGGUGGACCUGUGCAAUAUCGUUGGAUGUAUCCAAUCGAAAGGUAUUUACAUACUCUAAAAGGCUAUGUCCGUAACAAAGCACGACCCGAAGGUUCAAUAGCUGAAGGUUACAUUUUAGAAGAAUGUAUGACGUUCUGCUCAAGAUACUUAAAAGAUUCAGAGAGAGAAGCUUUUCAGACUGAGAGAAACUUUGAUGGCACGGGUGAGGAACAAUAUCAGGGUAUAUCGAUCUUCAAAACAAGUGGUCGGUUUUUGAUGCAAGGUGAAUAUAAGGAAUUGAGUGUAUUAGAGCAUAUGCAAGCUCACUUUUAUGUGCUUAAAAAUUGUGAAGAUGUUAAUCCGUGGGUUGAAGAACACAUGGAUGAGCUCCUGAGACAAAGUUCUAGGAAUGUAGAGAAGAGACACCAAGAGCAAUUCGCCACUUGGUUUGAAAAGCGUGUUACUCAAUUACGCGAGGAAAAUGAUGAACGUGCACAUGAUCAAUUGUUUUCAUUGGCUCGAGGACCAGAUAGACGUGUUACAUUUUAUAAAGGAUAUAUCACGAAGGGGUUUAGAUUCCAUACAAAAGAACGUGAGUUGUCCUUAAAAACCCAAAACAGUGGUGUUAUUGUCAAAGGUGAUGAACUCACAGGUAGUGUUGAUUACUAUGGUGUCAUAAAGAAUAUCAUUGAACUUGAAUAUUUGGGAGAAAAUAGAGUUGUGCUAUACAGGUGUGAUUGGUUUGAUGUUCCACCACAAGGUAGGAAUCAAACUAGGGGAUACAAUAAAGAUGACUUUGGAUUUAUCACUCUUGAUAUGACUCGUAUUUGCUAUCAAAAUGAGCCUUUUGUUCUAGCGAGUCAAGCUGAUCAAGUAUAUUAUGUGAAAGGAAUAAAAAACUCGAGUUGGCAUACUGUGGUUAAGGUAAAACCUCGAAAUUUGUAUGAUGUGCCUGAAUUAGAGAAGGGAUGGCAAGACAACAACGUUGAGACACUCUAUGAGCCAUACCAACAUAAUGAAUUGGCAAGCACAAUGCAUAUUUCAAGUUGUUCUACUGCCUUUACUGAAGACGUGAUUGAUUUGCAAAGAAAUGAUAUGGAGGGAUCAAGCAUCAUGACAAAUACUUUAAGUGGACAAGAAGAUGGUGAUGAAAGUGAUUAUGAUACUGACUCUUCAAGUAAUGAUGUUGAGAUUGCUACAAUGGAUGAUGAGUAAGAGAAGAGUGGUGGGAAAAUUAUUUGGGUCUGAUCAUGUGUGUAAAAGAAGCUUUGGAUCACCUUUGAAAACUUCUAUUGUAAAAAGUCAGAAGAGUGCUAGGCUUUUAAAUAAGAGAGAGUGCUGCAAAUUUUUUGUUAUAGACUUAUGACAUUUUUCUGUGAAGAAAUAUUGGUAUUGUAAAUUUGGCAAUGCUUGUGAUGGUCUUUGUUGAAAUGCAACUUUUUUAUUAUAGAAUUAUGGUGCUGCACUUCUUUUUCGGAACUAUGG